AUGCCCGGGUCGCUCCGCGCCGUUCUCCUGCGGGACCUGAUCCUGGGAGCGUUGGGCACGGCGGUCUUCCUGGUGGACCUGGGCGCCGACCUGUGGGCCGCCGGCCAGUACGCGCUGGGCGGCCGCUCCGAGUGGGCCGCGCUGGUGCUGGCACUGCUGGGCCUGGCCUCGGCCGCGCUGCAGGGCUUCAGCUGGCUGUGGCUGCGCGCCGACCCCGAGGGCCUGCACCGCUCGCUGCCCUCGGGCCGCUGCCUGGCGCUGCUGCACCUGCUGCAGCUGGGCUACCUGUACAGGUGCCUGCAAGGGCUGCAGCAGGGGCUAUCAGUAUGGAAGCAAGAGGUGCCGUCAGAGUUCGACCUGGCCUAUGCCAGUUUCCUCUCCCUGGACAUCAGCAUGCUGCGGCUCUUCGAGACCUUCUUGGAGACGACGCCGCAGCUCACACUGGUGCUGGCCAUCGCACUGCAGAGUGGCCGGGCUGAGUAUUACCAAUGGGUUGGCAUCUGUACCUCCUUCGUGGGCAUCUCAUGGGCGCUAUUGGACUACCACCGGGCCUUGCGCUCCUGCCUUCCCUCCAAGCCCAUCCUGGGCCCCGGCUCCUCCGCCAUCUACUUCCUGUGGAACCUGCUGCUGCUGUGGCCCCGAGUCCUGGCUGUGGCCCUGUUCUCGGCCCUCUUCCCCCACUACGUGGCCCUGCACUUCUUUGGCUUGUGGCUGGUGCUGCUACUCUGGGUCUGGCUUCAGGGCACAGACUUCAUGCCAGACCCCUGCUCCGAGUGGCUGUACCGGGUGACAGUGGCCACCAUCCUCUAUUUCUCCUGGUUCAAUGUGUCUGAAGGCCACACCCGGGGUCGGGCCAUCAUCCACGUAGCGUUUCUUCUGAGUGACAGUGUUCUGCUGGUGACCACCUGGGUGAUGUAUGGUACCUGGCUGCCCUGUGGGACUGCACUGCCCAUGUGGCUGGCCGCAGGAGGCAUCUGCUUCUUCCUGGGUGUGGCUUUGCGGCUCAUCUACUACCGCUGGCUGCACCCUAGCUGCAGCUGGGAGCCUGACCGCGUGGACGGGGUCCAGAGUCUUCUUCCGUCAGAACACUCUCAGCUGCCUCACAACAGGCGCAUGACUCAGUUGGCUCGGAAUUUUUUCCCUAUGACCAAAGGGAAAGCUGCUUUGGCCGAGAAAGGGGAUGUGAACGGGGUGUUUUGAUGCAGGGUCAUCACAGUAAGGAAGAGAAGAUGGAUCCUGGACAGUCAUGGGACAAUUAUGGGACAAAAUAUUUUGGGAGGAAGGAAGAGAAUUCCUUUUCAUUCCCUAGCUAGUAGAGCUGCUGGCCUUAAAAUUUCUCAUUGUUGGUAUUGUCGCCUCUAGUCACCUUCUGGCUUCCCAGUUCUGAUCUAGAAGACCUGAUGUGUGUGUGUGUGUGGGGGGGGUGUUGUCUUCUAGAAUUGUUUUUCCAACCUGUUUAUUCAACAAAUGUUACUGAGCACUUUAUGUACCAAGAACAUUGUUCUAACGGUGGAAGCAGCUUGCCACACUGGCUUCUUCCCAGUCAUUUCAAUCAGUCUCGGGCAGUAUCUCAAAGCCUGGGGCUUAGGGCUGCCCAACUCUAGGCAGGCUUUGCCAGUCUCUCCAUUGUCUUGGCUCAGCCUCUGCAGAGUCUUCCAGGUCAUCUCUAAACCAAGUGUCUUGUGGUCCUGGGCCACAUACAGCCCGUUGAGUAUUUCUCAUUCUAGCCAGUGUACUUCCUACCUCAGAGUCUAUGUGAGAGAAGCAAAAUGUAUGCCUAUGUCAAUGCAAGUGAAGACACGUGGUGCUUUUGUUUAACAGUAUUAUUUAGAUUAUUAUUAAAACUUUGUGAAAUCUUCCAA